AUGCUUCAGAAGAAGAAGAAUGCCGUUUUGGUGGAUGGUGUCAUCCUAAAUGGUCCGAUAAUGGACUCAAGAGCAGGAGAGAAGUUUGUGGAAGAGGCCUGUAAGAUUAUCAUGGAAGAAAUCAUCCAGAAAGCUGAUGAUGUAACAGAAAAGGUUUGUGAGUGGCGAGCCCCUGAAACACUGAAACAGAUGCUUGACCUGGAAAUGAGGGACACUGGAGAAUCUCAUCAGAAACUCUUGCAACUCUGCAGGGAUGUUAUAAAAUACAGCGUCAAAACUGGUCAUCCAAGAUUUUUCAAUCAGCUGUAUGCUGGAAUAGAUUAUUACUCGUUAGUGGCCCGUUUCAUUACAGAAGCACUGAACCCAAGUGUAUACACGUAUGAGGUAUCCCCUGUGUUUCUGCUGGUGGAAGAAGCAGUCAUCAAGAAAAUGAUUGAGUUCAUAGGAUGGGAAGAAGGUGAUGGUAUAUUUAAUCCAGGUGGCUCCGUUUCUAAUAUGUAUGCUAUGAACUUAGCAAGAUACAGAUUUUGUCCUGAGAUAAAGGAAAAAGGGCUUUCAGGUUUGCCAAGACUGGUCCUGUUCACUUCAGAAGAGUGUCAUUACUCAAUGAAGAAGGCAGCCUCUUUCCUGGGUAUUGGUACAGAGAAUGUUUAUUUCAUCAAAACAGAUGAAAGAGGUAAGAUGAUACCUGAGGAACUGGAGAAACAAGUCCAGCGGGCCAGGAAAGAGGGGUCAGCACCAUUUCUUGUCUGUGCUACAGCAGGCACAACAGUUCUGGGAGCAUUUGAUCCUCUGGAUAAAAUUGCCGAUAUCUGUGAAAAGCAUGGCCUUUGGCUCCAUGUUGACGCUUCUUGGGGUGGCUCAGCUUUAAUAUCGAGGAAGCAUUGCAGACUUCUUCAUGGCAUCCACAGGGCUAAUUCUGUUGCCUGGAAUCCCCAUAAAAUGCUGUUGGCAGGAAUCCAGUGCUGUGCUCUUCUGGUGAAAGACAACUCUGGGCUCCUGAAGAAGUGUUACUCUGCCAAGGCCUCCUACCUGUUUCAGCAGGUCAAGUUCUACGAUGUCAGCUAUGACACUGGUGACAAGUCUAUUCAGUGCAGCAGGCGUCCGGAUGCAUUCAAGUUCUGGCUGAUGUGGAAAGCCCUGGGAACCACAGGCCUGGAGGAGAGAGUGAACAGGGCACUGGCUUUAGCUAGAUACCUAGUGGAGGAAAUUAAGAAAAGAGAAGGAUUCCAGCUUCUUUUGGAACCGGAGUAUGCAAAUGUUUGCUUUUGGUACAUUCCACCAAGCUUAAGAAAAAUCGAGGAUGGACCUGAAUUUCAGCAGAAGCUACACCAGGUUGCUCCUGUAAUUAAAGAAAGGAUGAUGAAGAAGGGCAGCAUGAUGCUUGGGUACCAGCCUCACCAGGGCAAAGUCAACUUCUUCCGCCAGGUGGUGAUCAGCCCGCAUGUUAGUCGUGAGGACAUGGACUUCCUGCUGGAUGAAAUUGAACUGCUUGCUAAGGACUUGUAG